UUUUAUAAUCAAUAUUCAUCAAAUUAUUACUACUCUCGUGGUCGCAAAAACGUGGGGGUGAUGUCAUCCUGCCCGCUGCGUGGGCGAAUUUAAACUACUCCACUGCAGGCAUGAUCCCGCCCAUAAACGUCGUCACUGAUUCAAACUGCAAGUAGAGCAGAGGAGAGAGAUAGCGGAGGUAGCCAACACAAUCACAUCGCACGGGGUGAGGACGCGAAGUGUGGAUUUGGCUUUGUUUGUGCAUGAACACGGAUCGCCUCUUCGAGAGAUGUGGGGAGAAAUUGGGAAGCUAAUGCUGGUACAUUUGUUACUGAUGGAGCUUCGUUCGUCAGAAGGGACUAAAACGGAAUGUGAGACCGGCCAGUUUCAAUGCAGGAACGAAAGAUGUAUUCCUACCAUCUGGCGGUGUGAUGACGACGACGACUGCUCCGACAACAGCGACGAAGAAAACUGUCCGAAGAAGACGUGCGCCACGACGGACUUUGCGUGUAAGAACGGCCAGUGCGUGCCGGCCCGGUGGCGCUGCGACGGAGAGCCCGAGUGUCCCGACGGCUCCGACGAGGCUGACUCCACCUGCAGCCGACAGACGUGUCCGCCAGAGAAGUUUGACUGCGGGGGCACCACUCACAAGUGCGUCUCAUUGUCGUGGCGAUGCGACGGGGAGCGGGACUGCGAGAACGGCGCGGACGAGGAGGAGUGCGCUGCAGACAGCAAAGCCUGCGCCCACAAUGAGUUCCAGUGCCGCAACCGCCAAUGCCUGGCGCCCGUCUUCCUGUGCGACGGCGACGACGACUGUGGGGACGCCAGCGACGAGGACAAGUGCUCGGCGCCCACCUGCGGCCCGCACGAGUUCCGCUGCAACAGCUCCGAGUGCGUCCCCCAGCUGUGGAGCUGCGACGGGGACCCCGACUGCCCCGACCUGUCGGACGAGUCCCCCGAGCGCUGCGGCGGCCGCCGCGCCCCGCCCCUGCCCCGCCCGCGCCCCCGCUGCGACCCCGGCGAGUUCCAGUGCGGCAGCGGCGAGUGCCUGCGGCUCCACUGGAAGUGCGACGGGGACGCCGACUGCAAAGACAAGUCCGACGAAGCCAACUGCCCCUUGCUGACGUGCCGACCAGAUGAGUUCCAGUGCGGCGACGGCUCGUGUAUCCACGGCACCAAGCAGUGCAACAAGGUGUACGACUGCCCGGACAACAGCGACGAGGCCGGCUGCGUCAACACAACCAGGUGCGAGGGGCCGCUGAGGUUCAUGUGCAAAAACGGCGAGUGCAUCGAGGCCAGCAAGCUGUGCGACUCCAUCAAGGACUGCAAGGAUUGGUCAGACGAGCCAAUCAAAGAGUGCGGCCUAAAUGAGUGCAAGGACAACAACGGAGGCUGCUCGCACAUAUGCAUCGAUCGGCCCAUCGGAUAUCAAUGCCAGUGCCCCCCGGGAUACAAGCUGCUGGACAAGAAGACCUGCGGAGACAUCGACGAGUGCGAGAAUUCUGACGCCUGCAGCCAGAUCUGCAUCAACUACAAAGGCGACUACAAGUGCGAGUGUUACGAGGGUUACCAGAUGGACCCGGUCACCAAGACCUGCAAGGCUGAGGGUAAGAGCCCUUACCUGAUGUUCACCAACCGCCAUGAAAUCCGCCGCAUCGACCUGAUGAAGAGGGACUACACGUUGGUCGUCCCCAUGCUGAAGAAUGCAGUGGCGCUGGAUGUGGAUGUCAGCACCAACAAGAUUUACUGGACUGACCUCUUCCACCGCAAGAUCUACAGUGCGUUCAUUAGCAAGGCCAGUGACUCCUCCCAGCACACCACCCUGAUUGGCUCCUCCCUGCAGUCCCCUCAGGGCCUGGCAGUGGACUGGGUCCAUAAGAACCUGUACUGGACCGAUUCUGCGCGCAAGUCCAUUUCUGUGGCCUCGGCCGACGGCAAGAAGAGCCGAGUCCUGAUCAGCACGGAGCCGAGCGAGCCGCGCGCCAUCGCCGUCGACCCCGCGCAAGGGUUCAUGUACUGGUCAGACUGGGGGGUGCAGGCCAAGAUUGAGCGGGCAGGGAUGAAUGGGGUGGACCGGCAAGUUCUGGUGUCGGACAGCAUUGAGUGGCCCAAUGGGAUCACGCUGGACCUCCCUAACAGGCGGCUGUACUGGGUGGACUCUAAAUUGCACCUCAUCUCCAGUGUGGACUUCAGUGGAGCCCACAGGAGGGUGCUACUGUCUUCCCCCCUGCAGCUGGGACACCCCUUCGCCCUCUCCGUCUUUGAGGACCGGCUGUACUGGACAGACCUGGAGAAGGAGGCAGUCUACAGCGCUAACCGGCUAACGGGGCAGGAGGUGACCGCGCUGGCCGAGCACCUCAACAACCCCCACGACAUUCUGGUCUUCCACGAGCUCCGGCAGCCCAAAGCUCCAGACAGCUGCAACAUGGGGGGUAUGGUCAAUGGGGGCUGCGAGUACCUGUGUCUGAAGGCCCCACAGAUCACAGACAACUCCCCGAAGUACACCUGUGCCUGCCCUGACGGCCACCAGCUGGGCGAUGACAUGCGCCACUGCGUCAUAGCUGUUACAGCAGCCAGUCCUAAAGAAUCAAUGGCCAGCAGCACCAUUGUUACAGACGUAACCACAGCAACGGCCCGCACUACGAUCGCUCCGACCAAUCCUCUGUCAGCGUUUUCUAGCUCCUCUGUCGUGUCAAACCCAUCUAACUCCACCCCCCAACCGGCCCUUGGGACCCUGCCCCCUGCUUCCAGCUCGAUGGAAGAGAACAGCAGCCCCUCUCACAGGGCGGGACAUGGGCUCCAGCUCCUGGGGAGCAACAUCACAGUGGCGGUGCUGGGCGUCGUCAUCCCCAUAGUUCCUGUCGUUGCCACAGUGAUGGUGGGCCUGCUGUGCACCACCGCCUACCUGGUUUGGCGCAACUGGCGAAGGAAGAACACCAAGAGCAUGAACUUCGACAACCCCGUCUACCGCAAGACCACCGGCGAGGAGGAGGACGAGAUCCACAUCGGCCGGACGUCCGAGCCCCUGGGCCACGCCUACCCGGCUGUGGGUGGUGGCGCCUGCCCCGCCUUUAUCGCCCUGCCACUGGGGGGCAGUGUGCCGGAUACGGCGACCCACUGGUACUCAGGCCAGCCCAUGCUGUCUGGCGCAAAAUGAGGACGGGCUAUAGGGGCCGGGCCAGGCCCCUGUGGAGGACAGAAGAGCCACAUGGAUGACGCACAGAGCCCCUCCCCCUCCCCGCCAGGCUCCGCCCACUGGCCAGGAUGGGCAUCCUGUUCAGCCUCAGUCCCUCAUGUUACCGCUCCUCCCUUUAUAGACAGUGCAGCUGCUGCCACCGUGUGUUUAGAGGAAGGGCCAAAGGACCGUGCUCCAGUGCUGUGUGUCCUUUUUUUAUCUUAAAAAUGUCAUCCAUGUUUUGGAGGAACUGAAGAGGAGAGCUGUUCCUUUGCUUGAGGCUACCUCUCUUUGGAGGGAAGAGCAGGGCUGCUUCGGCAAGCAGGCUUUAGGAAGGAACACCGCAAUAGCAGCACCUUAAUUGACGGGACAAUCCAGUGCUUUAUUUUGUCCUAUGAUUUAUCAGGCGGUUUAUUUGACCACAUUAUCUUUAGUGUUUCUGAUGCGUUUUACAUGUUGUUUUAAUCAUUGUUUUUCUGCCAACCUUUCUGCCUCGUACGAUGUGCCCUUCAGCAGAAUGAGAGACAGCCAGGGAUGCCGCUGUGGAUAAGUCCAUCAGUCAGUCUGUCAGUCACUAGUCACUGACUCGCUCACUCACUCACUCGCUCAGUCAUUCUGUCUCAAACACCCUCAAUCAGUCGGUCAGUAAAUUUGUUUUAUUUCUUUAUAUU